CUGACGAUCCAGCUUCAGUUUCAUGACAGGGAAUGUAAACAGUGGGACCCAACUGAUGAAUGGCCUAGAUGUUCACACGGGUUCUACGUAAUUACGUCUGCUGGAAAAGAUUCGCGCGAAUCGUCCUGGCAAUUUUGUAAACCAUGCAUUUUCCACUUGGCGGCAGCGACAAGCAUUUGAACGUCUCCUGCACAGAAGCCGCUGCUGGCCGGGCGGAGUUGCAGAAGCUACGGUUUCGUACUCUUCCAAAUGGAGCUUUCCGCCAUGGAUUUAUCGAACACGCCAUUUCUUAUAUAUAUCCCAUUCUCGCGACUCUUCUACGAUCUCCUUCUUAGAAGAGCGCAGGAGCUCAUCUGGCUUCUCACACCUCCAUUUCUAGGGUUUGGUGGAAGCUUUACAGGAUUUUGGCCCCCCUCUGAUGUUUCUAAAGUGGUUUUGAAGUGAUUAAAGCGAAAUUCAAGUUUCUUCCGACUCUUUCUUAACAAAUUUCUGGGUUAGUUGAAACUAAAGAGGAGGCAAUAUGGUUGAGAAAACUGUUGCCCUCGAAGCUGUUAGCAAGGAAGCUGUUGAUCUGGAAAACAUCCCCCUUGAAGAAGUUUUCGAAAAUCUUAAAUGCACACGAGAAGGUCUGAGCACUAGUGCGGUUCAAGAACGGUUGGAAUUGUUUGGAUACAACAAACUUGAAGAGAAAAAGGAAAGUAAAUUUUUGAAGUUUUUGGGAUUUAUGUGGAAUCCUCUAUCAUGGGUGAUGGAAGCUGCAGCCAUCAUGGCAAUUGCUCUUGCAAAUGGAGGGGGAAAGGAUCCAGAUUACCAUGAUUUUAUUGGCAUUUUGACAUUACUUGUGAUCAACUCUACCAUUAGCUUUAUAGAAGAAAAUAACGCUGGAAAUGCAGCUGCUGCACUUAUGGCUCGGCUGGCUCCAAAAGCCAAGGUCCUACGAGAUGGGAAAUGGAACGAGGAAGAUGCUUCUGUGUUGGUUCCAGGCGAUAUUAUUAGUAUUAAACUUGGCGACAUUGUUCCUGCUGAUGCACGUCUUCUUGAAGGAGAUCCUUUAAAAAUCGAUCAGUCUGCUCUUACGGGGGAAUCACUGCCUGUGACCAAGAACCCUGGUGAUGGGGUGUACUCUGGGUCGACAUGUAAGCAAGGUGAAAUUGAAGCCGUUGUCAUUGCGACAGGAGUUCACACUUUCUUUGGGAAAGCAGCUCAUCUUGUGGACAGUACCACGCAUGUUGGGCAUUUUCAGCAGGUUUUAACUGCAAUUGGGAACUUCUGUAUUUGCUCCAUUGCUGUUGGGAUGGUAUUUGAAAUUAUUGUCAUAUACGGGAUUCAAAAGAGGAAAUACCGUGUUGGUAUAGAUAACCUUCUAGUGCUUCUUAUUGGUGGGAUCCCAAUUGCAAUGCCAACUGUUCUUUCUGUUACGAUGGCCAUUGGAUCACAUCGCUUAUCCCAGCAGGGCGCUAUAACAAAGAGAAUGACGGCUAUUGAGGAAAUGGCUGGCAUGGAUGUGCUUUGUAGUGAUAAAACUGGAACACUAACUCUGAAUAAGCUUACUGUGGAUAGGAAUAUGAUUGAGGUUUUUGCUAAAGGUGUUGACAAGGAUGCAGUUGCAUUGAUGGCUGCAAGAGCUUCAAGGUUGGAGAAUCAGGAUGCUAUUGAUGCUGCGAUCGUUUCAGUAUUGUCUGACCCUAAGGAGGCACGAGCUGGAAUUCGAGAGGUUCACUUCCUUCCCUUCAACCCAACUGACAAGAGAACGGCACUCACAUACUUAGAUAGUUCUGGUAAAAUGCACAGAGUGAGCAAGGGAGCGCCAGAGCAGAUUCUUAAUCUGGCGUGGAACAAGUCAGAUAUCGAACGGCGUGUACAUGGAAUAAUUGACAAAUUUGCAGAUCGUGGUCUCCGAUCUCUUGCAGUUGCUCGCCAGGAAGUUCCUGCUGGUACUAAAGAAAGUCCAGGAGGGCCUUGGGAAUUUGUUGGUCUUCUCCCUCUGUUUGAUCCCCCUCGCCAUGAUAGUGCUGAGACAAUUAGAAGAGCUUUAGAUCUUGGAGUGAGUGUUAAGAUGAUCACAGGUGAUCAAUUGGCAAUUGCGAAGGAAACCGGGCGGCGUCUGGGAAUGGGUACAAAUAUGUAUCCUUCUUCAUCUUUGUUGGGUGAAAGCAAGGAUGAGUCAAGUUCAGCUCUACCAAUUGAUGAACUUAUUGAGAAAGCCGAUGGUUUUGCUGGGGUCUUUCCUGAGCACAAGUAUGAGAUUGUGAAGAGGCUGCAAGCUAGAAAGCACAUCUGUGGAAUGACUGGUGAUGGGGUCAAUGAUGCGCCUGCGCUUAAGAAGGCAGACAUAGGAAUUGCUGUGGCAGAUUCAACCGAUGCUGCUCGAAGUGCUUCUGACAUAGUUCUAACAGAGCCUGGACUGAGUGUAAUCAUUAGUGCCGUUUUAACAAGCCGUGCAAUUUUCCAGAGAAUGAAAAACUACACGAUUUAUGCUGUGUCUAUUACUAUACGUAUUGUGCUAGGAUUUAUGUUGCUGGCUCUGUUCUGGAAAUUCGACUUCCCUCCUUUUAUGGUUCUUGUCAUUGCUGUUCUUAAUGAUGGUACUAUAAUGACGAUCUCCAAGGAUAGGGUCAAACCUUCUCCACUUCCUGACAGUUGGAAACUCUCUGAAAUUUUUGCAACUGGAGUUGUCCUGGGCACUUAUAUGGCUCUCAUGACAGUUAUAUUCUUUUGGCUAGCUUAUGAGACUAAUUUUUUUGCGGACAAUUUCAAAGUAAGAAACUUCAACAAGGACAAGAUUCAAACAGACGAGGAAGCUAAAAGGAACAAGGAAAUGUUGGCAUCUGCUGUGUAUCUUCAAGUGAGCACCAUUAGCCAGGCAUUAAUAUUUGUUACACGCUCUAGGGGCUGGUCUUUCUUGGAACGGCCGGGUCUUCUUCUUGUUGUCGCCUUCAUAAUCGCCCAAAUGAUUGCCACUGUAAUGUCUGCCACUGCAACAUGGGGCUUUGCUGGGAUAAGGAAAAUCGGUUGGGGUUGGACUGGGGUUAUUUGGCUCUACAAUCUUGUUACUUAUUUGCCACUUGAUCCUCUAAAAUUCUGCGUCCGGUAUGCUCUAAGCGGAAGAGCCUGGGACCUGGUUCUGAAUCAAAGGAUGGCAUUCACAAACCAGAAAGACUUUGGUAGGGAAGCUCGGGAGGCUGCCUGGGCACAUGAGCAGCGGACGCUCCAUGGCCUCCAAUCACUAGAGAUGACAAGGUUCUCUGAACGCCACACUUUCAGGGACAUUAAUGUAAUGGCUGAAGAAGCUAAGAAGCGUGCAGAGAUUACAAGGCUGAGGGAACUUCACACUCUGAAAGGCCGAGUAGAGUCCUCUGCCAAGCUCAGGGGUUUAGACAUCGAUGCCAUCAACCAGCACUACACCCUCUAGAAGUGGCUCCUUUUUCUCUGAAUCUACUCCUUCAUUCUUACUACUUUUUUUUUUUUCACAUGUUUCAUAUGUAGUAUGAUCCCAUGUAAGUUCUUCUUACCUUAUUACAGUGUGAAUUCAUGUGAGGCUGAAGUAGCCCACCUUUGAUUGUGGAGAAGCAUUGGAUAGGAUUGAGUCCUCGAUUCCAAAUGGCACCCCAAUCAGUUGACCACAACCAUUCAAUUGAAGGUCUGCAAAAUGGACGACAAGACCAUCUCUUUUUAUCCGCUUGGAAUGCUCUUGAUCUUGUGGCUGUGAUUAUCUAGUUACAUUUGCAAUCUACCAUGGAUUCCUCCAUUCCAAGUGCAUUUGUUUGGGUUGACAUAGGGUCCACAUUGGAGUCGGCACCAUAGUAAGGUACAAGAAUUUCAUACUGGAUCAUACCUAUGUUUCACCCCUCAGUAGCAGUCUGGUUAAGAUGGUUGUCCUGUUUUUAUCUUUUGUUUUGUCUUGUAUUCUUUGCCUUUGGACCUUUUCAUAAUAUAAUUCUCUGCCUUUCAGAAAAGGAAAAUAAAAUUUAAUAAUAAUAAUAAUU